GCCAUCCACGUCUCCCACCAACCGAUCAGCCUACCCAUCCAUCCUACCCACCCCCGCGCGAGCAAGCGACCGACCAUGGCGACCCCGUUCUGCGCCGCCGCGUGCCGCCUCUCCGUCCCCGCGGCGACGCCCGGUCGCGUCCGCGCCCGCCGUGGCCUGGUGGCGGUGCGCGCGGAGGCCGGGGUCGGCGGGAUAAACCCCUCCAUCCGGAAGGAGGAGGAGAAGGUGGUCGACACCGUCCUCGCCGGCGAGCUCUCCAAGCCGCUCACCCCGUACUGCAGGUGCUGGAGAUCAGGUACAUUUCCUCUUUGUGAUGGAAGCCAUCUGAAGCACAACAAGGCAACGGGUGAUAACGUGGGACCCUUACUUGUUAAGAAGUAGAAUGCGUUUCUUCCCUGAUAAAAAUAAGAAGAGGAAAUUUUCUUCAUACUGCCUUGAUGUUGAAUCAAACAGUGGUUUGCGUGUCAAAAUUUGUAUGACCAUUUUGUCAGAUGUAACGAUAACGCUGUGCAAUUGCAACUUCUACUGAUCCCUUCAACCGGGAUGAUAUCCGAAGUAUUACAAAUCAGUUUUAUAUCAGUACAUUCCAAAUGGAUUUGUGACAGCCAGAUAAAUCUUUUGAUUUCAUUUC